UUAAUGUGAGUAUAAGUUUUUAUUUCAGAAUGAAUUAUAUAGAAUCAAUCCAAAAUUAAGACUCUCUAGUCAUCGAAGCCAGGAUUUCGUUGGAAAUGAAGAAAUUGAAAAUGGGGAAAAUUUUUCUCACGCAUUACCAUCUAGACUGGAAUAUGUUCAAGAUCGAGGAACUCAAACAGAUUUCAGGGAAAGCGAAUGUCAAACUUCUCCCUGGGAACCGCCUUAUAAAAUAGUUUCAGGUCAUAAUCCAGAGGUACUGAAUUUAACAUGGAAACAUGGUUCAUCUAUUGGAAUGCAUGAUAUCGAAAUUAUCAAUAGAAUGAGAAUAAGACGAGCUUGGGAGAAAAUUCUUCCACCUAUGGAUACUGAAGCUAAUAUUAAAUUAAGAACAAAUAUUGUCGCAGCUUUGGAAGCUGACGAAUGGGCUUAUCGAGAAUCGGAAAUUGAAUUUAUAAUGAAGAUAAGAAUGGAUUUAGCUGAAAAAGUGAUGAAAACUAGGAAUGACGAAUGGAAUAAGAAGAAAAAGAAUCGUUUCAUGAGACUUGGAAGUAGUUUAGAAGAGAAACGGGAUAAGGAAAUAAAAAAAAUAAGGCACAAAUUUGGACGUGAACUUCGUAAAUUAACAAUGAAGCAUAGAAUUGGAAAUCGAUAUAAACAUCAUGAUAUUAUAAAUAAACAUGAGGAUCGAGUAUCUGAAUUUUUUUCUUCACAAAUGCAAUAUAGACAAAAAUUUUACAAACAAGGACAUUUUGAAGAGAAAAAAAUGAAAGAAUUGUGCGUUCGAGAAACAAAAUGGAACAAUGAAAAAUUGGAAGAGCUUUAUGAAGAAUUGAAAAAAAUUCGUUUAAAUGUACAAACGUCAGGUUCCAUUUGUAAUGUGGAACAAAAAUCAAAACCAAUUGUUUUGCCAUCGACGCCAAAUGUGAGGGAUGAUAAUUUGAUAUCGAAUAUUGAAGAUGAAUCUGCCACACUAAUUCAAAAUGCAAUAAGAGGAAGAGCAAUUCAGUAUAUGAUGUUCGAAGGUCGUGAGAAAUGUAGAGAUUUAAUUAAAGAACUUCAAACGGUUUAUGCUAUUCAUGAUGAAGAUAAGGAAAAAAUUGAAAAGAGAAAAGCGGAAAUUUUAAGCAAACAACAAGAGGAACAAUUAAAACGUCAACAAGAAUGUAGAUUAAAUGAAAUUCUCUCAUCUUUAGAAGGAAUGACUGUUUCUGGAAUGAUGGAUUUUUUGAGCAAAGAAUUAAUAAGACUUGAAGAUGAGCGAAAAGCUCAUGCUUUUGCUUUACUUGCUGAAAGAGAAAGAAGUAAACGAGAAGCAGCUGAAAUUGGACGAAGACAAGAUGAAUUUCAACGUCGAAAAGAAUUAGAUCAAGUUUUUCGACAAAUUGUGAAAUUAAAUCAAAAUACUGUUGAAGCUUAUCUUGAAGAUAUUGUAAAGGAGGGUAUUGAUUGGGUUUCAGAAAAAGAAGCUAAAGAAUACGUUUUGGCAUUAGCUGAUAAAAUAGACAGUGUUUCAAAAUAUGCAGCUGAAAAUGCUGCAGAGAUAGAUGAAGAAGAAAUGGUCUCGGAUAUGGUUUACAAUUUUGUAUUACCGGAAGUUGAGAGGGAAAUCAUGAGAAAGAAAAUAAAAGUGAAAGAACAUGAAUAUUUAAAUACUGCACACGAUGAAUUAUUAAAUUUUUCAUUAACCAACGAAUCAGAACAUCAAAAAGAAGUUGAAAUUUUAGAUAUUAAUUUACCAACAACAUCGACUCAAUUAUCAUUCAGCGAAUCAAAAAUUAUUCAGGAAGAUUACAGGAAUAUAAUUGACACUAUUAUUGAUAAAAUUAUGUCUUUUGUCAUUCCAAAUGAAAAUGAAAAUACUAUUCGUGAAAUAUUAAACGAUGUAGUAGUGGAAAUUGUUCAGGAUUUUCAAGAUAAAUUAAUACACGAAACUUCAUAUUCAUCUUCUUCAAGUUGGUCAGGUAUAUAAAAAAUUCAUAUUUUAAUUCAUUUUGAAAAUAAAAUUUAUGAAUUCAAUUAAAAAAACAAAAUUAAAUAAAAGAAAUUUAAUAACAGUUAAAAA